AUGAAGACAGACAGAUCCAAACUGGAGCGCAAUAAACGAGUGAAAAAACGGAGACGGACUGGGAAAGAGUCCCUCCAUCAUCCACACCAUCCGAGAGAGAGAGCAAGUUCUCGCUCCAGCACCAGGACGAUGUCUCCGAAGGACAACAAACCCAAAAAGCCCCCCAAAGACAGCAUGUCCUUACUGCCGUGCUUUUACUUUGUGGAGUUGCCCAUCGUUGCCUCCUCGAUGAUCUCUCUGUACUUCCUGGAGUUAACAGACGUCCUCCAGCCGGUUAAAUCCGGUUUCCGUUGUUAUGAUCAGUCUCUGAGUAAACCGUACGUGGAGACGGGAGACGAGCUCAUCCCCCUGCUCAUGCUUCUGAGUCUUGCCUUUGCUGGGCCUGCUGCCUCGAUCAUGCUAGCUGAGGCUCUGAUGUACUGCAUGCAGUCCAGAGUGAAGUUCAGUCGUGGUUCUGAAGGCAGCAUCAACGCCAGCGGCUGCAGCUUUAACUCCUUCCUGCGCAGAACCGUGCGGUUUGUAGGUGUGCAUGUGUUUGGUUUAUGUUCUACAGCUCUUGUGACAGAUGUUAUCCAGCUCUGCACUGGUUAUCACACUCCGUUCUUCCUCACCGUGUGUAAACCCAACUACACUCUGCCUGGAGUCUCCUGCCACAAAGACCCCUACAUCACUCAGGACAUCUGUUCAGGACGCGACCAUUACGCUAUCCAGUCCGCCAGGAAAACGUUCCCGUCCCAGCAUGCAACACUCUCUGGCUUCGCAGCUGUCUACAUCUCUAUGUACUUUAACGCCACCAUCUCAGACAGCACCAAGCUCCUGAAGCCCGUGUUGGUGUUUAUCUUCGCGAUAGCAGCUGCUCUGGCGAGUCUCACGCAGAUCACGCAAUACCGCAGCCAUCCCAUUGACGUCUAUGUGGGAUUCGUCAUCGGAGCCGGAAUCGCUGUCUAUCUGGCACUUUAUGCUGUUGGAAAUUUCAAAUCCUCAGUGGAAUCAUCUCCUCGGAUACUGAAGAAGCCUGUUCCACCUCAGAAGGAUGCUCUUCAUGCUUUAACACAACGUGGCCAUGACUCCGUCUACCAGAAAGCACACGCAUCUGAGAGUAAUGACGAGCUCACCACGCCGGUGGAUGUAGCUGGACUAAACCGCAAAGUUCGCCGUGAAAAAGCCUCAAUGGGUAGUCUGAAACGAGCCAGUGCUGACGUGGAACUCCUGGCACCCAGAAACCCAAUGGGUAAAGAGACUAUGCUGACUUUUAGCAACACGCUUCCCAGAGCAAGCGCUAAUGCAAAUGGUUUGGAAGAACCUGUGCAGCGACACAUGACAUUCCACGUACCUUCAUCCAAGCAACUGGUAUCUGAGUGGAAACAGAAAUCUUUGGAAAUGCGGACUUUGAGCUUGAGGGAAGACGGCCAACAGGGCAGCUCAAUUGAUGUAGUAGAAGAAACAAAUGAAGAGUCCAAGGAGAACUUGGACAUGGACUUGUCCACUUCCUUGUAUCCCAGUGUUCAAGCAGCAGCAAUGACCACCAGAGUCUCAAUUCCCCAAAGACCUGGUGCUCCACAAUUGGUUCACAUUCCAGAAGAAGCUUCCAAACCGCCACCCGUAUCUCCUAAAAGCGCUACAACUAGAGCGAAAUGGCUUUCCAUGAUGGAAAAAGGUCCGAUACCAGCAGCAACCCCGGAGCCACCUCGUCUCCCAAACAAGCCGCUGGUCAUGCAAGUCACGUCCACUCCAAAGUCUUCCGAGACAGCUUCAUCUUGUGCUACAUCAAGUGUUGCCUCAAGCACUGAGUCACCAUAUUUCCGCAUGCCUUCUGAGCGAGAUUCAUGCAGCAUUGUCACUGUUGAUGCCCACGCACCUCAUCAUCCCAUAGUCCGUCUGUCUUCAGUGAGCUCCAACACCUGGGAUUGGAGGAGCAGCGCCAACGGAAGCACAGAAGUCCAAGAAACCAGCCGAACCAUGCCCAGGAAGGAGUACCGACCUGCUAAAAUGGACUCUUUUGGCUCAGAACUGCCACCACACCCAGAUUUGGUGCUGCAAUUUCACCGAAAACCUGUACCCACCAAGGAGUGGGAUCCUGGACAACCGCAUCCCGAACCGGACCAUUUCUUCAAGAACUUACAACUAGACCAACGAUUUAAAGAUGCAAACCUUUAA